AUGAAGAAAGUUUUGCAAACUAAAAUAUCAUGUACACUCCCUAAGGGAGAGGAAGAGAACGUUUCUGAUGCUUUUCGUAUGCAUAAAACUUUUGAACUCACUGAUUUUUUGCUUGUAAGGAGUUGUUUGGAAUAUGAACCGGAAUGGUUGAAAGUUGUCGGAGAUAUUCACCGGAAACCGGUUUUUCCGGUGGGCCAACUUCCGACGACAAUGUAUGAAGAGGAUAACACGAAGAUUGAUGCAUGGAGAGAGAUAAAAUUGUGGCUUGAUGAGCAAGAAAAGGGGAAAGUGAUUUACGUUGCAUUUGGUAGUGAGGUAAACCCGAGUCAAAACGAACUCACCGAGUUGGCGCUCGGGUUAGAGCUUUCUGGGUUACCAUUUUUCUGGGCUUUAAGAACUAAAAGAGGGGAAUAUGAUGAUGAAUUGAUUCAACUACCAGAGGGGUUCGAAGAUCGAACAAAGGGAAGGGGAAUUGUGUGCACGAGUUGGGCGCCACAACUUAAGAUACUGAGUCAUGACUCUGUCGGUGUAUUUUUGACUCAUUCAGGAUGGAGUUCAGUAGUUGAAGCAAUACAAUUUGAGAAGCCAUUGGUUCUUUUAACAUUUUUGGCCGAUCAAGGGCUAAAUGCUAGGUUGUUGGAAAAGAAGAAGAUGGCGUAUUCAAUACCAAGAGACGAUCGUGACGGGUCGUUCAAUCGUGACUCGGUGGCUAAGUCACUGAGUUUGGUACUUGUUGAAAAAGAGGGUGAGAUUUAUCGAAAAAAGAUUAAAGAGGCGAAAAAUCUUUUUUGUGAUGAGACACGACAAAAUAAUUAUGUGGAAAAUUUAUUAAGUUAUCUUCAAAAUUAUAAAAAGGCUAAAAUAUGAAAUGGGAAGAAAAACUUGAGCUUAAAUGCAUUUUUAAAUAAAUGUAAUGUUAGAUUUUAUGGGUAGUAAUUAUCUGCACCAAUAAGGACUUUUAAUUUUUCUUUGAAGGGUGGUUUAGUAUAUGUACCAUGUAUGCAAUAUUUGUAAUGUAAGAAUUUCAUGUGUGAUGAAUAAUAA